UCGUCAAUCCCAUAACCUGUGCUGAGUUCCAGGCGUGCUCCAACCUUUCCCGUACGCAUUACCUCCAGGGCAAUGUCAUGGACGUGAUGCCAGCGAGUAUGGAGAAGAACGUAACAGUAUAUGUUAAGACUCCUUUGGAUUUACCUCGGCUUUGAUCUUAAGAAGCGAACGCGGGGCUGCUUUCACUCCAACAGCCCCCACCCCGCGUCUCUGUCAAUAUUUCUAUUCGUAACUUCUAAAAUAUUCGAACAGAAAAAAGUUUAGCGCCAACCGCAGUAAAAUCUCCAGAGUUAAAUUCACUCUUACGACAUACAUAUAGUCCUGCUCUGGUCUACAGUCGGACCGUAUGUAGCUACUCUUGUAGGGCUAAAUAAUCACUGGACAUUUUAUUAUGAAAAAAAGAUGCAGAUGACAGUUAUUACAUAUAACAGUCACUUUGCCAUAAGGGGGCUGCAGUAAUUUCUUCGCGCGAGUCUCCAUCUGAAACCUGAUUGACAGCGUCCUGCUAAACGGUAUAUAAGGGCGUAACCAGAUGCUCUUGAUGCCAUUAACACCCCAGACAUCCACACGGGUGUGGAUCUGUUCCUCCUUUUUUCUACUGCGUGUUGGUGCUACAUUGUUUUUGUUUUUUAAAUUAUUUUUCCGAAUAUUUUUGUAAUAUUGCAAGAAUAUCGUUUUCUCCAGGAUUUCUUAUUAUCGGUGGAUAUUUAAAUCCGAUUGUCCAAGGACGGUACCUUCGAAGCAGGAGCCAUGAUUCUUUUUGGAAGUCCUUUUUGGUUGCCAGUUCUGUUUCUGUGCGUUUCUGCCCUUACUGAAGAAGGAGAGGUGGAAGAUGAAACAGUGUUCGACCUCUUCGAGGUUAGCCAAAUCACGCGCAAGACCGUCGGCGCCAAGCUCUUUAGAGGUCAUGACCCUGACACGCCGGCCUACCGCUUCAUCCGAUUCGACCAGCUUCCGACGGUGAGCAUGCCAGUGCUUCGCCAGAUCCUGCGGCAGGUGCAGAACAACGAAGGUUUCGUGUUUUUGGCUACGAUGCGCCAGGACCGCGGCUCACGGGGCACCCUGCUGAGCCUGGAGGGGCCUGGUGACCGUCGACAGUUGGAGAUUGUGUCGAAUGGCCGCACCAACACCCUGGACCUGGUGUACUGGAUGGACGGCUCGCAGAACGUGGUGUCCUUCGAGGACGUGGACCUGUCGGACUCGCAGUGGAAGAACAUCACGCUUCACGUGCACGGCGAGAAUGCCAACCUGUAUGUGGGCUGUAGCCUCGUCGAUGGCUUCAUCUUGGACGAGCCGUUCUACGAAAACCUUCGCGCAGAGGGCAGCAGCAUGUACCUCGCCAAGGGGGCGACCCGAGAGAGCCACUACCGGGGCCUUCUCCAGAAUGUGCUCUUCAUCUUUGACACGGCAUUGGAAGAUAUUCUCAGGGGGCGGGGCUGUGAGGUCGCCAAGCAAGAGGAAGAAAACAUAGUGAGUGAGAGUGGGGAGGACGUGGGCUCCUCCAUCGCCACCAACCUCAUCGGCCAGAAGACGGACGCCCCCCAGGGGGGAGCAGACAUGAUGUGCGAGCGCUCGUGCGAGGAGCUCACAAGCCUGUUCCAGCAGCUCAAGGGCCUCCGAACCGUUGUGGGCAAUCUCAUGGAUGGCCUGCAGAAAGUGACAGAGGAGAAUAAUGCCAUGCGUGAGGCUCUGUCCAAGAUGAAGAACCCCAAAGAACAGCAAAUGUGCUGGCAGGACGGCCGACUGUUUGAAGACAAGGAGGAAUGGAUUGUGGACAGCUGCACUAAGUGCACCUGUCAGGAGGCAAAGGUGGUGUGUCGUCAGAUAUCCUGUCCCGCUGUUUCCUGUGCCAGUCCAUCCUUCAUUGACGGGGAGUGCUGCCCUGUAUGCCUCCCGAUGGACAGCGAGGACGGCUGGUCCCCCUGGUCGGAGUGGACCGAGUGCACGGUCACCUGCGGCACAGGCACUCAGCAGAGAGGGCGGUCCUGCGACGACGCCAGCAACCCCUGCGCGGGCCCCUCCAUCCAGACCCGCAGGUGCAGCCUGGGGAAAUGCGACAGCCGCGUUCGCCAAGACGGUGGGUGGAGCUUGUGGUCUCCGUGGUCAUCGUGCUCUGUGACGUGCGGUGAGGGCCAGAUCACCCGAAUCCGCCACUGCAAUGCCCCAGUGCCACAGUGGGGGGGCAAGGACUGCAAAGGCAAUGGAAGAGAUACCCAGAGCUGUGAGGCAGAGCCCUGUCCUAUCGAUGGCGGCUGGGGUCCCUGGUCACCGUGGGCGAUCUGCUCGGCCACUUGCGGCGGGGGUCUGAAGAGUCGAACCCGGCUGUGCAACAGCCCCAAGCCUCAGUACGGGGGCAGGAGGUGUCUGGGGGAGCCCACCGACAAUGAUCUCUGCAACCAGGAGGCCUGCCCUGUCGAUGGCUGCCUCUCGAACCCAUGCUUCGCUGGUGUGGUGUGCAGCACCGGUGUCAACGGGUCCUGGGCAUGUGGGCCGUGCCCCUUGGGUUACCGUGGUAACGGCACCCACUGUGAGGAUGUGAACGAGUGUGAUAUGGUGUCAGACCUGUGCCACAAGGUGGGCGGAGUCCAGCAGUGCAUCAACACUGAUCCCGGCUUCCACUGCCUGCCCUGCCCGCCCAGGUACAAAGGGAUCCAGCCGUACGGCAUGGGAGUAGAGGCUGCCAAGAAGAAUAAGCAGGUGUGUGAGCCCCUGAAUCCCUGCAAGGAUAAGACGCACAGCUGCCACAAGUACGCCGACUGCAUCUACAUCAGCCACUUCAGCGACCCCAUGUACAAGUGCCAGUGUCGCAUCGGCUACGCCGGGGACGGCUUCAUCUGCGGCGAGGACUUUGACCUGGACGGCUGGCCCAACCAGGACCUGGUCUGUGGCGCCAAUGCCACUUAUCACUGCAAGAAGGACAACUGCCCUAAACUGCCCAACUCAGGGCAGGAAGACUUUGACAACGAUGGCCAAGGAGAUGCCUGUGAUAACGAUGAUGACAACGAUGACAUCUUGGAUGACAGGGAUAACUGUCCCUUGCAGUACAACCCGAGGCAGUUUGAUUAUGAUAAGGAUGACGUUGGCGAUCAGUGUGACAACUGCCCGUACGAGCACAACCCCACCCAGACGGACACGGAUAACAAUGGAGAGGGAGAUGCCUGUGCCAUCGAUAUCGACGGAGACGAAAUUCUGAAUGAACGGGACAACUGCCCCUACGUUUACAAUACUGACCAGAAGGACACUGAUUUAGAUGGCGUUGGUGACCAGUGUGACAACUGCCCAUUCGUUCACAACGCAGACCAGGCCGACAUAGACAAUGACCUCGUGGGAGACCGGUGUGACGACAACCAAGACAUCGACGAGGACGGCCACCAGAACAACAUGGACAACUGCCCCUACAUCGCCAACGCCAACCAGGCCGACCACGACAAGGACGGCAAAGGGGACGCCUGCGACCAUGACGACGACAAUGACGGGAUACCCGAUGACCGGGACAACUGCAGGCUGGUGCCCAAUGAAGACCAGCUGGACUCUAACAGAGACGGCCGGGGUGAUGCCUGCCAGGACGACUUUGACAACGACAGCAUCCCCGAUAUUUUUGAUGUUUGCCCGGAGAACAGCGAAAUCAGCAUCACCGACUUCCGAAAGUUCCAGAUGGUGCACUUGGACCCCAAGGGAACCACGCAGAUUGAUCCGAACUGGGUUGUGCGCAACCAGGGCAAGGAGUUGCUGCAGACUGCCAACUCUGACCCAGGAAUUGCAGUCGGGUUCGACGAAUUCAACGCAGUGGACUUCAGUGGGACGUUUUACGUGAAUACGGACCGGGACGACGACUACGCGGGCUUUGUGUUCGGGUACCAGUCCAGCCGCAGGUUCUAUGUGGUGAUGUGGAAGCAGAUCACUCAGACCUACUGGGAGGAGAAGCCCUCCAAGGCCUUCGGCAUCUCCGGCGUCUCCCUCAAAGUGGUCAACUCCACCACGGGCACCGGCGAAUACCUCCGCAAUGCCCUGUGGCACACGGGCAACACCAAGCAGCAGGUUCGCACCCUCUGGCAUGACCCCAAGAACAUUGGCUGGAAGGACUACACCGCCUACAGAUGGCACCUGAUACACAGACCCAAGACCGGCUUCAUCAGGGUGGUUGUUUAUGAAGGGAAGCAGAUUAUGGCCGACUCGGGCCCCGUCUACGAUAGGACAUUUGCGGGCGGAAGGCUAGGGCUUUUUGUCUUCUCGCAGGAGCGAGUUUACUUCUCCGACCUCAAAUACGAGUGCAGAGAUAACUGAGUUCCGCUCAGUGUGGAAGCGGUGAUGGCUCUGGAUGGACGGCCUCCAUGCCCAGAUAGCCUCCAUGCACAGAACCAGGAUCAGUUUUCAUACCAUAUUCCUAUACCCAAAACAUCUGCCACAAAAAUGAUGAACCAAUUGGAGGUCAAUCCAUCUAUGCCAAAGUGAUGCAGAAUUGCUCAAAAUCAGCCACAUCCUCACAUGUUAGUCCAGGUUACUUUACUUUAGCUCCACCCAUACAGAGUUCUCAGGGCUAAUGUCUGCUUUACCUGUCAGUUGAAGGGGUGGGGUUUGUAGGGAGGGGUGUUGAGGGGAAGGUAAGAUUUUACAACUUGAGACAAGCAAGGCCAUCAUAUUUCUUUGUGUGCCUUAUGAAUGCCAUUAACUAAAAAUUAAGUGCACAAUCCAAACAAAUAUGUGCCUGGAGGAAUUAUGAAUUGUACAUUGUCAACCACUUAUAGGUUUUUUUUUAUUUGUAAGACCACUCUAUAUGUUUUCUUCAAGUUUUUUUUCCCACGUAUUACUAAAUUACCUUUUUUUAUUCUUCACGUGAUUUAUUCUUGUUCAUAUUCUCAUGUUGACUUGAGUUCACAGAGUAAUGUUGGGGAUAGUUGGGAUGCAUGUCAUGUGAUCUAAUCACAAGACUCCAUUUCACAAGGAUAGUUCUGUUUCAUUGGGAGUAUUCUGCAUUGUAACCAAACUGCAUCAUUCCAGCUUAAUUGCACAAAGAGCUCUUAAUCGUUACCAGUCUGUUUCCUGGCUUCUUGAAUUCUGACCAUUAAAGUGUUCUUUUUUGUUAUA